UUUUGAAGGCCAAAAAAUUUGGACCUCGACCCUCACUAAAGCUUGUCGAUAUCGAAUAUCUACGAAAAAAAAUCUAAUUUAUUCCCGACUUCGACUUUGGCCAAAAGUCUUCCCCCAUGAAAUAAGCUGGUGGUUUUGUGCUUUUAGCAUUGUCAGCGCAAUCUCUCGGCUUCAUGUUACAAUAGUACAGCAAAGUCCUCGGCAGCUCCCAAAGCCUGUUGAGACCAAAAUUUCCUUUUUUUCCUUUCUUUUUUCACCCCUCCAAAACAUCCCAAGUCACCACCACGAUGUUUAUGCGACAACCUCCGGCUCGUCGGGGCCUCUCGCUCUCUCGACUAAACUCAAUAAGACGGCCUCAACCAGUUGCUAGAACCCCAUGUCUACAUUCUUUUCACACGUCAGAUCACAGACUCUUAACUGCCCCAGUUGAACUGCCACCAAGGAGGAGGAAAAUUUUACGUUCGCAAGAUGUCCACGGUUCGGUUUUUCAGCGGUCUUUAGCGACAGCUAUCGGUGACCCUUUACGACAAGAUGAUCUCUCUUACAAACAUAUACAACAGCAACUUCCCAACAAUUUCCUACAACCACCAAUGUCCACACCAUUAUACGAAAUACGACCGUUCGACCCUUCUUUGCCAUUGCUCAUUAAGUCGAAUGACAUCCCAUUUCCGCGCUCAAGGACGAAUAACAGCGGAAUCCCUGGUGGUGCGGAUGAGAUGGUAUCAGUGUUUGACGCAUGUUUGCAAGUAGGCAAGUUGGACAGAGCAGCUCUUGUUCUUACCAGAUUAAAAGAAACCGGUGCUUUACCAGGUAGUGAGCUGAUUACGCUUCAUAACCAAUACCUUCGUGCAGCCAUCGCCAGAGCCUUUGAUAAGCCAGACUCCGAAUGGGCGAAAUCUCUUCAUAAGUGGUACGAAGUACACAUCAGGGCUGAGGAGCUCCCUCAGACACCCGAAACUAUCGCUUGCAUGCUGAAGGUCUCUCUUCUAUCUGCUAGAGAAGGGAGGUUAAGCCGACUUGUGACGCGGUAUAUGGAUAUGAUGCCCGGUGAUGCCAUAUUCCAGGUUCUAUCCGAAGUGGACAUCCUCACGCAGCAGGAUUUUGGCACUAUCACCAGCAUUUAUCAGCCAGCCUCCGAUCUUUUAGAAGAAUGGAACAUGGUACCAGAGGCGGAAGAGUUGCAACCAUCACCUGCAGAGGCCAGCGCAACGCAAUCGAUAGAUCUAUCUGAAGCGAAGCCGACAUCUAGCGACACACCCGAAGUCCUGGCUGUACCGCAAAAAGGCAUGGGUCUUAAGUCACUACGUGGUGUCUUAUCCUUUUUCACUACGAUAAAGAGUAAGGAUAUCUCACAGCUUCCUCUAGCCGAGCGUAGGGAAAUCCAGGCGCAAUUGGAAAAGGACUGCGUUGAUGCCGCCAUCUCCCGAUGGAGGGAAGAAAACGACGCCCUUAAGAAAAUGGGUUUGAACACGUCUAUGUCGACAAGUGCUCUAAACUCGCAACUAUACGACUGGCAAUGUGCCUUGGAAACCAAGUUAGAAAACGAAUUUGCCCUAUUUGAAGAAUCGGAAAAACGCGAAAAGAAGGUUCAGGCGGAUUUUGACCGUUGCUUGUACGCGCCCUUCAUGAAGCAGUCCUCUCCAUCAAGGCUGGCCGCAGUCACGAUUAUAAGCGUCUUGAAUGCAUUGUCAUCAGCCGGUAUCGACAGAGGAAUCCAAUUAUCCACCUUACUCAUCCAAAUCGCCAAGACUGUAGAAGACGAUAUCAAGUUUCUAAAACGACAACAGCAAAUGGCUCUGCGAAGACCGACCAAAAAACGCCAAUUUAAGCCGAACGUCGACAAGGAAAAAGAAGAAAAAGAAAUGCCAAUGAGUGAUCAAGAACAGGAUAACCCAAUAAGCUCGGCGACGAUUCAGCCAUCCGCCGAUGCUAACGCGGAGUCUAAUGUGGUGGAGAGCCUCACCUACGACGUUGCGUCGUGGCCUCUGUUGAUCAGAACAAAAGUUGGCGCUGCUUUGCUCUCUGCCCUGAUGGAAACUGCAAAAAUGGAUGUUGUUCAGGAACACCCCCAAACAAAAGCACUCAUCAGGCAGAGACAGCCUGCUAUAGCUCACACUAUGGUACACCGCAGGGGAAAGAAGGUCGGCCUAGUUAUGCCCAACAAAUUUCUUGUCGAGAUUUUAAAGCGAGAGCCCCCAGCUGAUUUCCUUGCGAGGCACUUGCCGAUGCUUGUCGAACCGGAGCCCUGGAGUAAGUUCGAUAAGGGCGGCUUUCUUGAAUAUCCUACUCAACUCGUACGGGUUAAACAUGGUGAGAGGGACCAAAAGAUCUACACCGAAGCAGCUAUGCAGAGAGGUGAUAUGGAGCAAGUUAGCAAAGGUCUCGAUGUUCUUGGUAAAACAGGAUGGAGGAUCAACAAACCUGUUUUCGACGUCAUGCUCGAAGCGUGGAACAGUGGCGAGAAAAUAGCGAAUAUCCCCCCACUAAACCCCCAAAUCCCUAUACCCGAGGAGCCAGAGGCAUCUGAUGAUCCAUUACAGAGAAGAACGUGGUUGAAUGCCGUGAAGGCUGUGGAGAACAUGAAAUCAGGUCUCCAUUCUGAGCGGUGUUUCAUGAAUCUUCAACUUGAGAUUGCUAGGUCCUUUAAAGAUCAGACCUUCUAUUUCCCGCACAACAUGGACUUUCGAGGACGUGCGUAUCCAAUUCCGACUUACCUAAAUCACAUGGGCGCAGAUCAUACCCGUGGACUACUUCGCUUUGCGAAGGGGAAGGCACUCGGCGAGCAUGGGCUGCGAUGGCUAAAAAUCCAUUUGGCAAACGUGUUUGGAUAUGACAAGGCGAGCUUGAAGGAACGUGAAUCAUUCGUAAUGGAUCACCUUGAAGAUAUCUACGACUCCGCUACCAACCCCCUCACAGGAAAGCAGUGGUGGCUUCAGGCUGAGGAUUCAUGGCAAUGCCUGGCGGCCUGCUUCGAGCUAAAGGCAGCCUUGCAAUCCCCCGACCCCUUCCGAUACGUCUCCCACCUCCCUGUUCACCAGGACGGCACGUGUAAUGGGUUACAACACUAUGCCGCCCUCGGUGGUGAUAUGUGGGGUGCCCAGCAGGUGAACCUGGAACCUGGAGAUCGUCCUGCAGAUGUGUAUUCUGCGGUGGCAGAGCUAGUGAAGGAAAGCAUUACAGAAGAUUUGAAAGAGGACAAUUUCCUCGCAAAGGCUAUCGACGGCAAGAUAACAAGAAAAGUCGUGAAGCAGACCGUGAUGACGAACGUCUACGGUGUCACAUUUUCUGGAGCAAAGGAACAAGUACUGAAACAGAUUGACGCGCUUUACCCUAACAUAUUCAAAGAAACAGAGGUACCAACGCCGAUUCUCGCUUCUUACAUCGCCACCAAGAUAUUCAAGGCUCUCUCUACUAUGUUCCGCGGAGCUCACGAUAUCCAGUAUUGGUUUGGUGAAUGCGCUGGAAGAGUAUGCCGCGCAAUCGCACCGGAACAGAUAGAACGAAUUGCCAAUGGAGAAGGGGCGCCUAUCAAAAAGAGGGCCUCGAAAUCUCAACCCGAAUCCGCCGCAGCCAGGAAACGAAAGUCGGCAUCUGAUGAGCUCUUAAGCCAGUUCAGAUCGACAGUUAUCUGGACGACGCCUCUCCGGAUGCCUAUUGUCCAGCCAUAUCGCAAGUCUGGGACUCGUAUCAUCCCCACUUCUAUUCAGGAUCUUACCUUGCAAAUACCUGAACGAUCUGAUCCAGUCAAUCGGCGAAAGCAAUUACAGGCCUUCCCUCCCAAUUUCAUCCACUCUUUAGAUGCCAGUCAUAUGCUGCUUUCCGCGCUAGAGUGUGAUGAGCUAGGCCUCUCAUUCGCCGCCGUGCACGAUUCUUUUUGGACGCACGCGUCUGACAUCGAAGUUAUGAACCGCGUCCUACGCGAUUGCUUCGUCAGGAUACACAGCGAAGAUGUUAUUGGGCGCCUUGCGUCCGAGUUUGAGGCUCGGCAUAAAGGUGCUCUUUAUUUAGCUAAGCUAGACAAGGGCCACCCCGCCGAAGCCAGAAUCGCUUCGCUUCGUAAAGGUAGAAAGCUAACAAUGAAAGCUGAACUUCUGGAGGAAUAUCAGAGAACUCAACUAUUGAACUCUACAGACCCGGAGAAAGUUAAAGAAGGGAGGGAAAUGGUGACACCCGGUAGCAUUUUCGAAGAGAUGUCUGUUUCCCAGCCUCUAUCAAGCGCCGAAGAUAUGGACGCGGUGGGGUUAGGCAACAUUCCUAAAGAAGACGCGACCACACCUGCUCUUGAAGGAGAAUUUCUUGAAGAGCCUGAAGAUGAUGGUGAUGGAAUUUUCACAGCCCAAAGUUCUGGCAAGAUUAAAACAAGCCGUGAACAUAUAGGCGAAACAGACUUGGAGCACUAUAAAACUAUGAUUGAGUUAACCAGCUUCGAAGCAGAGCUCUCAGGCGAGGCUAAGAAAGCCUCCGAGAAAUCAAGGGCCAGGUCGAAGGAAAAUGCUAAAGGAUUCAAUAUAUGGCUUCCUCUUACUUUCCCCGAGGUUCCCAAGAAGGGCGACUAUAAUGUCGAGAGAUUAAAAGAAAGCCAAUAUUUCUUCUCGUAAGGUCUCUCGGCAAGCUUAAUCGCUUACAGAGACGUCAAGUGUUAAUAGGUUUCACGGCAUGUUUACUUCAUUAUUAGCGAAUGCAUCAUGAGGCGUCUUGGGGGUAGAAAAUGCCGGGAUGGCGUUUUGCGGGGGAGGGGGUGGAAAAAAUAUAGAGGCAUUCGAUUGUACGGAAUGCAUGGCAUAUGUAUAAAUCUGUAUAGUACUACUCAAGAAAUGACCUACAUAUGUAGAGGGGAAGAUCAGGGUAGGAACCAGGGCGGAUGGGGAUAAACAAGGACCAUCCACUCCAAUGAUGUA